GACCGGCAUACUUUGUCAAGUAUAGUAUGGAGCUGCCUCGCCACGGUCUUUGCAUGCACUUGGCUUGCCGUACAUCCCAAUGUUCCCAGACGUAACAUCACGAAUAGAGCAAUAUUUUUCGCCAUUGAACGUAUGAAAAUUGUGGCCAUUGCCCUUUUGGCACCAGAGGUUAUUGUAGCAUGGGCUGCAGAACAGUUCAUAGUGGCGUGGAAGGAAGAUGCCUCCCCGGAUUGGAAGAGAGGGAAUCUAACAAUGGCUCACGGUUUUUUUCUCAGUAUGGGUGGGUUCUACUACACCCGCCAGAGGAAACUUGUGGAUCUCAAAACGCUCAACUCUCAACUAAAUCUAUUGGGAGACAUAGCAGUGAUCAGUUCCGAGAGAAUACAAGACAAGAACAAAGGCGACGCGUUGUCGAAAAUGGUUUCCAUCCUCCAAAUAUCCUGGUUCAUCACGCAAUGCGUCGCUCGAGCAGCUCAGGAUCUUCCUAUUACGCUCAUUGAGAUGACGGCACUCGCGUUCUCCGGCCUCAGCAUCAUCACAUACUGCUUGUGGUGGUAUAAGCCGCUCAACGUCAUGUAUCACAUACCUUUG